AUGAUUGUCAUCAAGGCGGAGGACAAGGUCUUUCGCGUUUACAGCGACCUGCUAUCGCGACAGUCCUCGAUAUUCAGAGAUAUGCUCGCGAUGCCCCAGUCGGACGAGGUGGAGAAGAUCGAUGGGCAUCCGUACGUCGAAGUGCAGGACUCCGCGUCGGACAUGGAGAUGUUCCUGAACACGCUACAGGGCGUGCGGGACUGGGAAACAGAACGCGUUUCCUACCCAGCAUUCCUGUCUGCUGUGGUCAGACUCAGUAUCAAGUAUGAUGUGCCCGCCCUCAGGCGUCGUGCUGUAAGGCACCUAACGUCGAUCUGGCCUACGGAGCUGGAGGGAUGGAAGCUAGAGCAUACAGAGUCGCGCCGUGAAACUGGAAGCUAUAUAUUCAAGAUUGUACGAGAGUGCGAUCUUCGCGCGCUCCUACCGAGCGCCUUCUACAUCCAUUGCGAGAUAAACGACAACGCCAGCCUCCCGUCUCCUAUCAGUGAGGAUCCAGCCGACAUCACCCGGUGUGCCUUUGAUCGUCAAAGGAUUAUGGAUAGGUGGCGAAGACUAGUUUACGAGACAAUAUCUGAAGAAUGUCCUUCCUACUCUUGGACGUCUUGCCAGCAGGCACGGCUUGCCUGGUUUACUGGAAAUUCCCUGCCUCGACUUCUGUUUGAUGGAAGUAAGGCCUGGCACGACUACCUGUCUGUGCCGACGGGGGAGUGGUUGCGCGAUGUAGGAGACCUAUGUAGUGACUGCCAAGCUGCGUUGCGACAACGCGUCGACCGAACGAAGAAGAGGGUCUGGUCCGAUUUGCCAGUUUUCUUUCAUCUUCCGUCCUGGAAUGUGCUUUUAGAGGAGUUUAACGCACACGUCCAGGGCUAA